UAAUUCACUUCAGCGAAAUCAUGGGAGCAAUACUAUAAAAGUAUUUGAAAAGCUAUGUACAGAGAGGCAAGAGAUGACAGUUUAUGAAAUGUUAGCCAUAUUCAAUGAUAUGGAACGGGCUGAUGUCUUUGAAAUACUGAAAGAUUCUGUCACAGAAAUCAAGAAACAAAAAGAAAAUCGCUCAUCACUAAAUUAUCUUCCAUCUGGUCAGCAGCACACAGAAGCUUGUACAUGUCAUAGUGGUCAGUUUGCCAGGCCAGCAUGUGAAGAUGGAAUACCUAUACCACCCAAGAGAAAAAAACAUCGGGGGAGUUCUCCUCCAGACCAGUUGGGUGUAGUCAGCAGCUCUGUGGACAGUGAUGGUGAUGUUAUGAUGGACAGUCUGGGCAAUGAUGUUUCAGGUAUGCAGCAACAUCACCAUCAGCAGCAUCAACAACAACAACAAGACAUGGACAUAGACAUUGCAAUGAUGCAUGAUUUGAGUAGUUAUGGUGAUCCUUUGCUUAGUGAUUACAGCUUGCAUGUGUGUUCUAAUGGAAGUUUGCCUCCUGUCACCUCUUUCCUGUCUGGGCCUGAAAACAUGGCCUUAGCUCCUUUAGAAUCUGGCAGUAUUGUACCCCUGGAAGUUGGCCUGGCACGCACAGCUAACAAUCAUCAGCCAGACAGCUACAGCAGUGAAAAUACAAGUGAGGUCAAACCAACCUCUUUGAACCGUCCUAUAGAGCCUUGCAAGCAUCCACAACAAUCAGGACCUACCGGUACCAGCAUUCAGUUUGAUUCCACCUAUGUCCAACCCACUUCAUUUAGGAGGCCUCAGGUUGUUCCAAACAGUGAUAUAACCAAUGGCAACAAGCCCCCUUUUACAUAUCCAAGGAGACACAAGCCUAGUAAACCUGACUUGAAGCCUCUUCCUACCUGGCAGUGUGACAUGCGACAUAGGACUUUGACUCACUCCCUUUCUGAGCCUAAAGAUAUGCAGCCGAAAGAAUACAAGACAGUUGAGAGGAAAACCAGAGUCCUGGUGACAUACACAGAUGACAAUGAAAAACACCUGAAACACAUGAUAAGCCUAGCAAAGUGCCUCAAGGACAAUCAAUUUGCAGUGAUAAUGGACAUCAAUAAAAGAGAAAAUGAUGAACUCUAUGAUGAUAUGUGUGGGAAAAUUGACAAAUAUUUUGAAAAGGCAAAUUAUAUAUUGAUUUGCAUAAGUCCAAAGUACCGACAAGAAAUGGAAGAAGUAGAUGAUGAGGAUGACCAGUUUCUGAGCGGUAGCACAGUAUGCCAUAGACUUAACACAAGAUACAUCUACAAACUGAUGCAGGGAGAAUUCCGCAACAACAACUCACAAAACAAACGGUUUAUCCCAGUCUUGUUUCCAAAUGCCACGAAGCAUGACAUACCAGGGUGGCUCCUAAACACUCUUUAUUACCGCUGGCCAAAUGAAUGGAUGGAUUUGUUCAUGUUUCUUUGGCGACCUGAUCGUGAGUUUUUGGACAGUAAAAUUUCAUCAGUCAAGUCUAAGUAUGACCAGGAUGAGUCAUUGCAAAGUGUUCCUCUAUCCCCACAGAGUACAAGUAGGAGUGGCAGUCAGUCCAGUUCCUGUAGCUCCCCAGGUUCAGCUGGACGCUUACCAAGAAUUAAGAAGGAGAACACUUGAUGCUAACUCACUGUUUCUUUAUUCCUAGGUAUGAAACAGUUACACCUCCCCAUAGGAAAGAUAAGGUUCAAGAGUAGAGAAGGAGACCACAGGUAUUAACUUGCUGUUCCCUUCUCUUCCUUACUCUAAGUAUGAAAUACUAUCACUUGUACCUGUAUGUCCGUUGAGGAUGGGAGUAAUGGUUUCCCAAAGAUAAGGAGAAUAUGUAAUAUUGAUCAAAUUGAUUCAAAUAAUAGUGAAUCACAUCCUGGGAAGACUUAAAACAAAAAUGUCAAGCUUUUAGCUACAGAUGUAAUAAGGAUUACAGGAGUGAUGUGAUAGACCUUUCAAUUUCAGAAAUUGACUAAAAAAAACAUUUUUAUUUAAUAUCAGUUUUACACAUUUGUUACCUCCUAAUCAUUAUGUCCAAGCACUGGUGAACUAUAAGCAUUUUAUAGUUGUUGUGUGUACAUAUAUUUUGUGGCAGCAGACAUUCAAAACUGAAGCAGCAAGGCCCUCAGUAUACAGGUUUUACUUUAAGCGCCAAUGCAUAUAGAUAUGUUUUGCUUCAUAUGGAAAUGAUACUUUGAUAACUUAACCUUCAUUUGGGUUUUAUUUUCAUUUGUUCCAUGAAGAGCUCUUUUUUUUGUUCACUAGAAAACCAAUUUAUUAUUAAUUUUCUUGGAGGAACUCCUUCACACCUGAAAGGUUUUUAAAGGGUUACCUCCUCUGUUGAAGUUUAUAUUAUCUAUUUAAAUAUGUCAUAGCUCGAAAAAUGUUUAUUAAGAUCAAUAAAAUCUAAGAACUGAAAAAGAAAAAUCGUUAAAAGAAAACAUAUUUUUCUGAUCACUUUUUACAUGUGGUUUGGGGGUUUAUGUUUUCGCAUAUUGUGACAGAAGAUGUAUGUGCAGAGUACAGUUCGGACAGUUGCAUCAUAGACUAGUUGAAAACUUGAAAAUGCUCUCUUGCUUACUGAUUAGUUUACAAAGGCCAAUUGUUGUAAAUGCAUACUUUAAGAAUAUAUAGCUCCAUAAGCUAAAAUCAGGCUGAAAAAAGGCCUUUAUAUAAUUAUUGUUGUUAUGAUAUUGCAUAUAAUGUUCAUGGACUUUAUUUGUCUUCACUUAAUGUAUGGUUAUUUUGUCAGUGAUGGCUUAUCAGUGGUUUGGGGGCAAAUUUGAGAUAUUUGGUUACAUGAUUUUUUCUAUUACCUGGCCUCAUAUCAGAAAAAAUUCCAGAGGCUAAUACUGCGAUAGUGACUGUGCAUGAGAACUGUACAAAGGGAUGCAAGUGAUUUUCUAACUCAGUUAAGAUCUUAGAAUUAUACAAAUUUUCACUGGACCUUUGUAAAUUAGACCACCUAACAUGGGUAAAAAAAAUUAUUAUAAAAAUCUGCCACACCAAGUUGUUCUUCAUACCUUAUCAGUAACUACAAUUUUGGUGAUUUCCAUCAGAAAGCGGCUAUUGAAUUAUCCCCCAAACCAUUUGUUAUUUACAGCCAAUUGGUAUUAUAUGGUUCUAGGCACUUCAAUAGAUUUAAAUAACACCUGAAGACAAUGCCAGCUCUAUCAGUUAUCAAUUUUUCAUCAGCAUAGUCCCCACAAUGAGUAACCCAAUAGCAUCACCUAAAUAAGGAGAAAUCUUGGAUUCUGUGUAUUAUUUUGCACUUCAAAACAAACUUCCCUAUAUUAGGGUAUAUAUUCUUAAGUAGAUUUACUCUCAAUUUUGUUGCUUUUCGCUAAUCAUUUACUCUACAUUAAUUUUCCAAUUGAUUAAAAUAUAAGGGUUCCCCUAAAAGAUCCAACUAGCUGGUAAUUUUCCAAUUGACUAAAAUAUAAGGGUUCCCCUAAAAGAUCCAACUAGCUGGAUUUGAGGGCCUUUGUUUUGGACUACCCUGACCACACCCACUACUGAAAUACGACAGACUACGAUUUUCAUACAUAGGUAAGCAUGUAGGUUAUUGCCAGGUACAAGAAAAUUGGUGAUUUUUUUUAUCAUGCUCAACCCUCUGAGAUCCUGGACUAAUAAGGAAUUAUUGACUAAAGAGAUGUAUUUACUUCUAUGCAUAACCAUCUUACUUGCAAGAGGCUUGUAUUUUAUGACAAUCAGAAUAAAAUGUUAAUAUGUGGCACCUGGUGUUUUAUGUAUCAUUCUAGAAAGAGAGGUUUGCUUAUUACAAUGCAUGUAUAUAGGUAUGUGUAUUGUGUUUAUUUAUUUUGACAUAUUAGCCAAACUGAUGUCAAUAAAGAUAAAGUUUGUAUUGAUGUGUGCAGUAAUAGAACUUGGCUUCACAUGUAGGACUUCUAUUAGCUGUCUCCUAUGCAUUUUUUUUUUAUUAUUAUUUUGUAAACUGUGUUGUGUUUGAGGGCUUUUUUCUUUUCUUUUUUUAUCAGCAGAAAAUUAAGGAAGUGUAUAAUUGUAUUAACUGUAGAACAUAUUUUAAUAGUAUGAGCACAAGUAUAUUUUACUAAA